AUGCCCGAAACUACAACGGUUGUCAUGGACGAUGGCGUCCGGUUGAAUGUCAAGGUGCUCGGACAGGACCCGACAGUCAGGAAACCCCUCCUCAUUUCCCUCCAUGGCGCCCCUGGCGUGUCGACACUUGCAGAACCCGAGUCCUCGUUUGGAUAUCUUUCAGACAGGUAUCGCGUCCUUGUUUUUGAUGCUCGCGGAAGCGGCGCGUCUGACAAGAUCGGCCCAUUCACGCACGAGCGCUGGAUACAGGAUAUUGAAAAUCUAAGAAAGUGGGCCGGUGAUGAGACGUUCAUCCUUGCUGGAGCGUCAUACGGAGGCUUUGUCGCGCUGGAUUACGCCGUGCAGCAUGGCGCCAGACUGCGGGCAUUGGUGCUGAGGGAUACCUGGGCCAACGGAAGAUUAGGAUCAAUGAAUGCACUCGCAAGUAUCCUCACCUCGAAACGGAUCAGCGUAGACGUGGAUCGGCAAGUGCGCCUCUGGUCCGGCACAGUACUCAACGAUCAAGACCACGCACUGGCUCUUCAGGAAAUCCUCCCUAUCUUCACACCCCCUACAGACGUACAAACAGCAGCGGCAUCCACGGAGCAACAGGAAUCGACCGAGUUCCAGGGCUCUGUUGCGUUUUACUCGGCCACGCAGAACGCAGCCUUUGCUGAGAAUAUGCCGCGCUUUGACGUGCGUCAUCUCCUAAAGGAGAUCAACGCACCUACUCUGGUCGUCGUUGGUCGUCAUGACGCCAUUACGCCUGUGUCUUGUAGUCAGGAGAUUGCUGAUGCGAUUCCCAAUGCGCAAUUGGAAAUAUUCGAGUUUUCAGGGCAUAGCCCGCCGUCCGACGAGCCGGAGAAGUUUGAGCAGAUACUAUCCGACUUUUUACAGACAGUAGUUCAUUAG